CUGGACCUGUCUGCAAAUCUGACUGCGGAGAUGUGAUAUAAAAGUUGGGAGUUUUCUCGAAUUCUUCAGUUUUCACAGGGUUUCUGGGCUGGCUGUGCGACGAGGAGAGAAAGUCAGGGUAGUCUUCGUGUAUGAGAGUGGGGAAAUUGAGACUUCUCAAUUUCCGAGAAUCGUAAUUUGGUAACAUUUCUACCUGGAGUUUGUAUUCUUUGAAAAAAACUAACUUACGAGAAUAUACAAGGCACAACCAACAAAUAGAAAAAUAAGGGCAGAGAUUUAAAAAGUUCUCAGGACAAAUGGUUUCAUUCUCUAUUACGCUGAUGACACUUGUCUUGUCGGUGCUUAUUAUGAGCAGUGACAACCAGAGCUUGGGAAAUGGUGACGUCAAUUUUAUGACUAAAAACACAACCACCACCCCCACCAGCAGCCGAAGUUCGAGAGAUCUAGUCAUGACUAGAGGAGGGUCAAGCAUUGAAAUUACGGAGGUGAGCCGUCACUGCACCAUUUCUGAGACGGAUGAGGAAAUUAAUGACUUGACACUGAUGGGGUCGACUCACGUGGAAUGCAGUCAAGUCACCAAUUUGACUAAAAGUCUGGAACAAAUCCCUCAAAAUAUGGACUCUGUAAUAACGUCAAUCUCCAUUUCGAAUAGCAUCGUGACAUCUUUGGACCUAACUCAAUUUCAAAGGUUCUCUACCCUUAGACACCUGUCAGUGACGAAAUCUAAUAUUUCAUUCCUUUCGGGUGUUAUCCCCUUCUCUCUUAAAAUUUUGGACGUGUCCCACAACAAUUUAAGAACAAUGAACAUUACUUGGGAAAGAGGGGACAAAAGUGACAAGAAUAUUGCCACCACCGAAGGUUACACAAGUUACACACAUAAUUUCAACGAUGACGACGAAAAUGAAGAGACAUUGAGUUGGGUUUCCUAUUCUGAAGUGAAUAUCUCCCCUACCUCGUCUCCUACAAUUGGAGAAGAAAGUGGAGAAAGCAGUGAUAAUGAGUCUUUAUUAAUAAACGGUGAUAAUGGUGAUACUGAGGGUAAUUAUACCAAAACUGGUGGUGAAAAUAUCGUUAUCGAUACGACAACUAAUGAGCGGAGGAGGAAGUAUCAACUUCAAGUAAUUGAUCUGUCUCACAAUAAAAUUAGUGAGUUGCCAAAAUAUAUUUUUUACCUGGGGGGACCACCGCUUUCUCUUCGUUUGUCGGGGAACCACUUGAAGUGUGAAUUCGUAUGGGAAAAGCUGUGGACAUGGACCAAGAAAGUGGACGGAAAUGAGCCUCUCAUACUUUCCGAUGCGGACGAAACAUUUUGCGGAGUUGACGAAGGCGUUCGAGUUUUCCAGUACACGGUGAAAGGAGUUUUGCAAGCACGCGAGGACUUGGAGAAAACAUGUAGCACUGUGGACAAGUCGUUGUGUAGCGGUUGCAGCUUGUACGCCCUGCAAAAGGGGGAAGGUCACCUCCCUAUCACUCAACCAGAUUCGGGAGGAGAAGGAAAUGCCAGAAAUAAAAAUAAAGGUCAAGCCGACCAUCCAGAAAAGGGGAGCAAUGGGAACGAUGCACGCAUCUCGAUCUCAUUAAAAUUGAACUGCACUUCCAAAAACUUGACGAAACUUCCCCCUGUUCCACCACAAACUUGGUUGCUGAACAUUUCAGAUAACAAAAUUUCGGAUUUGACACCCUUGAAACUUCCAAUGUAUGCCAACCUACUGAUUUUGGAUGCUCAGAAUAAUCAAGUCGAUCUAGAAACAUUAACUGAAGAAGCGCCCUUUAUGGAAAAGUAUAAUUAUCUUAAUUUAAAAAAUAAUGGGUUUAACACGAUUCCUGCUAAUAUAUUAAUAUCCUUGAGAACUAUGAGAGGUCAAGGGGUCACACUACUUGGGGAAAACUCAAUCACAUGCGAUUGCAACUUUAUUAAGGAGAUCAAGCCAUUACUGAUUGAAAAUUCUAAACGGAUUCGGGACGUGAAGGAUAUUUUCUGUCGAGAUGGUGAAGAUGAGACGACCCUCCUCUCAAAGAAGAGAGUGAAGGACUUGCAAUAUUCGGAUGUGUGUCACUCUGACUCGGGUGAUGAUGCCAAUAUCACUUCGGAGCUUUCCUUAGUUCUCAUCAUCCUGGCUGAGGUGGUACUCAUUGUUCUCAUAAUUGGAAAAGUGUGGCAUGACCAGCGGAAUUUUCGAAGGACGGGACAUCUCCCUUGGUGCAGUUCGAAGAUGCCUCGUCUCCCAUGUGACGCUAUGCUCGAAUCGAUCAAAGAAGGUCCAAACUUUAAUAAUCGUCAAAAUGGAAGUGGAAGUGCGGCCAGUUCGAAUACGAACGUUCAUAAUGUCGUGAACCUGGCGACGACACCAAGGGUUCAGUUGGUUGGUGGUGUUGGCUCAAAUUCAGAUAUGUCAUCGGGGAGGUCUAUGCAACCCCAUUUUUCGGGUCAGAAUUCCUCGAGAACUUCUUCAGUUUAAAAGUCCUCGAAAACAAAAUUCUAUUCUAUGGAUGAAUGACUUUCACUUUUUACCUGUGACUUAUUAUACGAAUUUGCACAGAGCAGAGCUACGCAGUCCCACAUGCUACGAAAAGACUGAAUAAAACCAUUUGAAAUUUCCA